ACGUCACCGUUUGAUUACUUUGUGUGACGUAUUAGCCAUGCUAGUGUUGUUGUUAUGAAAUCAUGUUUGCAAGAAGUUAGUGUUUUUAACAGUACAUGGGUGUAAUUAAGCAUAAAUUGUAUCGCUGUAUUCUGUGUGCUAUUGUUAUUGGGUCGUUGGUCGUUUACUGUCUCAGAUUACAGUCGCUGUCAAACUCCACAGGAUCUAUGCCUGAACAAACACUGGAAUAUUUCCUCAACAAAGGAACGAUACAGAGAAAAGAUGCUGCUGAUAUCGAGUGGUGUCACGCGGCAAACAGCAAGAGCAAACUCACCGAUGCUCUUCAAAGUUCAGCACAGAUGAUUGAAGCUGAUGUUCUUCUCAGGGGUCGUGAUCCAAAAGAGCCCAUUAUGGCACACCCACCUGAUAACGACAGUGAUAUAACCCUGAAGGACUGGCUUAAAGAGGUUGUGAAAUCUGACAAAGGAAUAAAAUUGGACUUUAAAAGUCUUGCAGCUGUUUCCCCAUCCAUGACUUUGCUGGAAGAGAUUCGAGAUCAGUUGCAGAGACCAGUGUGGAUCAAUGCUGACAUUCUUCCUGGUCCUGGUGGUAAAGCCACCCCCUUGGACCCUAAGGUCUUUCUACAGGAAGUAUCACAGAAGUCAGAUGAUGUUCUCUCUUUGGGUUGGACCACUGGAUGGGAUGCAGAUGUAGAUAACCCUGGCUACAGUUGGGCGAUGGUUCAUCAGAUGGAAGACUUGUGCAGAACCCUAAAGCAACCAGUCACAUUCCCAGUCCGAGCAGCCCUACUUCCUGUGUCCUUCCCACAGAUCAAGUGGCUUUUAGAGCAGUCAGAUCGGUACAGCCUGACUGUAUGGACAGGCAAGAAUGAUGUCCUUAAAGUCGAGGAUCUGUUGCCUUAUAGGCAAAACUUUAGCAAAACCAGGAUUUACUAUGAUCUGUUAGAAUCUCAAAUUACACAGUUUAAAGGACUUCCUGGCUACUAAAUAAAAGCAAUUACAUUUUACUGAGUUUAACAUUAAAAGGGGUCAUGAACUGAGAAUUGACUGAUCUUGACUUUUGGUCUUGGUCAUUAAAGUAUACAAAUCCUUUUAUUUAACUAAUAACUUUUAUUUAAUGUGUGACUGAUGUCAUAGUAAUGCAAAAGACCGCCGCUGCCGGAGAAUAUCCAAUCUGCGGUUACUUCCAGGUCUUCCGUGCAGCACACCCAAGAAAACAGAGUGCUUUAAAAUAGAGGCUCAAAACAGGGUAGAAAAAAAGCCCAUUACUUACGGUUAGUGGACCACAGAGAACAGUACAAAAUUAUAAAACAAGCCAGUUCAUGCCCCUUUAAAAAAGGGACCAGACUAAACACAAUGAUUUAAUGUUCUCUUUUUAAGCUUACAUUCAUGUUGCAUUGUCUUAAAACUCCGAGAAUCCCAAAAACAUGCUAUAUUUUGUAAUCUACAUUUAGAUUUGUAAACGUAUGGAACUGUAAUGAAAGAAUGCAAUAAAACUUGAAUAAAGCUUUAAUAAAAAA